CCAGCUUACACGUAUUUCGUUUUAGCCAAUCAGAAAAAGCCACGCUUGUUAUUUCGGGACAACAACGUGUUGACAGAAAACCGGCAGCCGAGUAGAGAUUGAGAGAAAGGGAGAACAAACGACAAUGAAGAUACUCUUGUUGGCGGUGGCAGUGUCUUCGGCCUCUGCCUUGUACUCCAGCUCUGAUGAUGUCCUAGAGUUAACUCCCUCUAAUUUCAACAAAGAAGUUAUCCAAAGUGAUGCACUUGUCUUUGUAGAGUUUUAUGCACCGUGGUGUGGACAUUGUCAACAGCUGGCUCCAGAAUGGAAAAAGGCAGCAACUGCUCUGAAGGGUGUAGUGAAAGUUGCAGCAGUGAAUGCUGAUGAACACCAGAGCUUGGGAGGGCAGUAUCAGAUUCAGGGAUUCCCAACCAUCAAGGUGUUUGGAGCCAACAAAAACAGUCCAUCUGAUUAUCAAGGAGGAAGAACUGCUGACGCUAUUGUUAGUGAAGCUAUGUCAAAACUGAGAACACUGGUUCAGGACAGACUGAAGGGUAGAGGAGGAGGAUCAGGAGGUAGAAGUGGUGGAAGUGGAGGGGGGAAAUCUGGUGGUGGCAGUGCUGAUGAUGUGGUAGAGCUUACAGACAGUAACUUUGAGAAGCUCGUAUUGGACAGUGAUGAUAUGUGGAUGGUUGAGUUCUUUGCACCUUGGUGUGGACACUGUAAGAAUCUGGCUCCACACUGGCAAAGUGCUGCCUCAGAAAUGAAAGGCAAAGUCAAGUUUGGAGCUUUGGAUGCUACAGUACACACAGUCAUGGCAAACAGAUAUGGAGUAAGAGGAUAUCCCACCAUUAAGAUGUUCCCUGCAGGUAAGAAGGAUGGGGAAGCUGAGGAUUAUGAUGGAGGAAGGACCUCAUCAGACAUCGUAAACUGGGUCACAGAGAAAUUUGCUGCCAACCUCCCACCCCCAGAAGUUGUGCAGAUCCUAUCACAAGACACCAUUAAGGAGAACUGUGAAGAAAAACAGCUUUGUGUUAUUGCUGUUUUACCCCACAUCCUGGACUGUCAAUCUAAAUGUAGGAAUGAUUACUUACAAAUCCUCAAAGAUAUGGGAGCCAAGUUCAAGAAACAACCCUGGGGCUGGAUAUGGACAGAAGCUGGCCAACAGAUGGAGCUAGAGUCAUCUCUUGGCAUUGGUGGAUUUGGUUAUCCUGCCAUGGCAGCUGUAAAUACAAGGAAACAAAUCUACGUCUUACUAAAGGGACCAUUCAGUGAGAAAGGAAUCAACGAAUUUUUAAGAGAUCUGUCAUAUGGUAAGGGAGCGCCUGUUCCACUUAAAGACUCCAAGAUAGCAAAGAUAGAGAAAACAGAGCAGUGGGAUGGUAAAGAUGGAGAGCUACCAGUGGAAGAGGAUUUAGAUCUGAGUGAUAUUGACUUGGAUGAUAUGAAGGAGGAGCUAUAGAUUGGAGUUAAUUAUCUUGUGUGGGUCAGAUAUGUGCAUUGUGUGUGGAUGUGUAUAAAUGUGUUUACUAGAGAACAUGACUGCAGAAAAUGCAUAAAUGCUAGUUGUGAAACGAUUACUUGUUUGUUUAGUUUCAUUCUGUAAUGUGUACAAUAGCAGGUUAAUAUUCAAUCAGUUUUUUACUCUCCAUUAUGAGGAGUCAUAUGUGUUCUGUUGUUUGUGAAAAUGUAUAUUUUUUGAGAUCAUGUUAUGUAUUUGUGUAUGACUUAAUUAUACUUUUAUCUGUGAAAAUCCAGUGAAAUGUGGGAGAAGAACCAUCUGUUUCUAAUUAUUACAUGAUGUUGGUUGCUGAUUUUGUCAGAAUGACUGUUUGCUUUAUAAUCAUUAAUUUAUGAUGUAAAAUAAAAAAUUAAAACCAA